AUGAGAUUGAUAUCGAGCAUCCUGCACACGGCCCUCGCAGUUGCUGUAGCUAGCGCUGCAGCUCCGGAGGGGCCGUCGGACUCGCAAACCCACCGGAAUGCGUACGCGCGACGAAUGCUAGGGUCCUCAUUUGGCAUCCCCAAGAAUCAAACGUUUGACUACCUUGUUGUUGGCGGAGGUACGGCCGGUUUGACCAUCGCAACGAGACUGGCCGAACAGGGCGCUGGCUCGGUGGCCGUUAUUGAAGCGGGUGGAUUCUAUGAGCUGAACAAUGGCAAUCUCAGCCAGAUCCCCGCCCAAGAUGCCUUCUAUGUGGGAACGGAUCUCGACGAUUGGCACCCCGGCAUCGACUGGGGCUUCCACACCACCCCACAAGCGGGUGCUUACAACCGAAUGAGCCACUAUGCACGGGGCAAGUGCCUAGGGGGCAGCUCGGCGCGCAAUUACAUGGCGUAUCAACGCGGUACCAAGGCGGCACACCAGCAAUGGGCUGACAUGGUGGGGGACCCUAGCUAUGCCUGGGACGAGUUUCUGCCAUUCUUCGAAAAGAGCCUUAAUUACACCCCCGCAAACGACGAGCUGCGCGGAGCCAAUGCCAGUGUCAUGAGCGAUCCAAGCGUGCUGGGCACCGGCGAUGGUCCUCUUUCCGUGACCUAUCCUCACUACGCCCAGGCCUUUGCGACGUGGGCGAAACAUGCCUUCAUGGAGAUUGGUCUCCAGGUACGCAGCGGGUUCCAGAGUGGAGCUCUCUUGGGCCAGUCCUACGGUCUGUACACGAUCAAUGCUACAACAAUGCAUCGUGACUCCUCCGAGACCUCUUUCCUGCGCAAGGGCCUGACCGAUCCAAACCUCACGGUCUUUCAAUCUGCCCUGGCGAAACGCAUCCGUUUCCACGGCAAGCGGGCUGUCGGGGUUGACGUGGAGACAUCGGGAUUCCCGUACACGCUCUCCGCCCGCAAGGAAAUUGUACUCUCAGCAGGGGCCUUGCAAUCCCCACAGUUGCUCAUGGUUUCUGGCGUAGGUCCCGCGGCCACGCUGAAGGCACAUGAUAUUCCUGUCGUGGCGGAUCGGCCUGGCGUGGGACAAAACAUGCAGGAUCAUAUCAUCUACGCCCCCUCCUAUCGGGUGAAUGUCAUUACGCAGUCAGCCCUACUUGACCCAGUGUUCGAGGCACAAGCCAACCGCGACUACAACGAGCGAGCGGCUGGAAUCUACGCUAAUCCCACAUCGGACAUCCUGGCGUGGGAAAAGAUCCCCGAACCCAAGCGAUCCGCCUGGCUCUCAAACCAUACCCGUCAGGUGCUCGCCGAAUACCCAGAUGACUGGCCGGAGGUAGAGUUCCUAUCCAUGGGUGGAUACUUCGGCUAUCAGAAGAACUAUAUUCGGGACAAUCCCAGUGAUGGCUACCAAUACGCCUCACUAGCGGUCUCGCUCUGUACGCCGCGUUCGCGGGGAAAUAUCACGAUCACGUCGCCCGACGCCGCCGUGCCACCCUUGAUCAACCCUAACUGGCUCACGGAUUCAGUGGAUGUCGAACUCGCGGUGGCAGCAUUCAAGCGGACCCGUGACUUCUUCAAUACCACUGCCAUCCAGCCCAUUCUCAUUGGCCCUGAAUACUUCCCCGGCCCUCAGGUCGCCACGGACGAGGAAAUUCUGGAUCAUGUACGGAAGAGCUUCGAUACCAUUUUCCACGCCUCCUGCACGUGCGCUAUGGGUCGAGUAAAUGACCCCCAGGCAGUGGUGGACUCCAAAGCUCGAGUUAUUGGCGUUGAUGCCCUGCGCGUAGUGGAUGCCUCGGCCUUCCCGUUCCUACCACCUGGUCACCCUCAAUCCACAAUUUAUGCAUUGGCCGAAAAGAUUGCGUGCGAUAUUUCGGGCAACUGCUAG